CAGAACACCAGGGAGUAAGGCUUGCACUGAACGAAUAUCAUAGUCGACGCGACUUUUCGUAGACAUUAUUAGAUUGAGUUAGUACGAGUAUCAAUCGUCUACUUCUUCUUUCUUUGAUUUAACUUAUAGCGCUUUGACGCUUAAAGAAAUAUUAGUGUAAAAAGUUAGUAAAUUUCAUAUCGGAUAUUGCGACUUAAAUUCGUUUGGAGUCACAUCAAUAUACCCUUUUGCUUCUUACCAGUCAAUCUCUUAUUGGAUACACUUUCUGGAACCUGAUUUAUGGAAAAUCUCUUUACUUCCGAACAAUUCACCAUGACUACGAACAACCUCGAAACUACUAAUGCCUCCUCUGGUUACCAAACUGUCAGUAAUGAAGACUUUAAGGUGCAAUAUGAUGAAUUACUCGCACCCAAUGCUGCUGAAAUAAGUGGUGUGAGACAUGAAACCGUAGAUAAUGCAACUGCAGGUAUGCCCUCACAAGAAGAAACCGAAAAUCUUCCUCCUUCUGCUCUAUUGCAGAAGAAGCAUGCGGUUGAAAACCACUCCAAAGAAAAGCCAACUUCAAAAAGAAACACAUCUCAAAAACCUGCUGUUGAUGUGCACUCAGAAGCUGCUUUUCCCACACUUUCACCGAAAGUCAACAAUAAACCAAAGGCUCCUUCUUGGGUUCGAAAGGCUGCUGGCGUCGGUUCUUCAGGUAAUGAUGAUGCCGCCUCUUCAGCCAACUCACCUACUUCUUCUAGCAGGACUGCUUCUACUUCGAAAGAAACAGAUUAUAUGACAGACACUUUGAUUUUGGGUCCUGAUCAGCAGAUAUCUCGCCUUUCAUUUACCGGUAAACCAAACUCUGUUGCAGAUAUUGUCCGUACCAUUAUGCUGCAAACCUCUACUCGUAUUAAUGUCUCUACCGCAUCCAAGACGAAGAAUACGACCUUUUUAAUUCAAGGUAAAGUUGCUGCUGUUAAAGCAGCUCACAGACAAAUUAUUAAGUCCAUCGGUCGCCGAAACACUAUUACUGUUCCCUGUCCUGUCUUUGUCGUCGGUGCUGUUAUUGGAACCAAUGGACAAAAUUUAAAGACCAUUAUGGACCGCACCGGCACUCGAAUCCAAAUCCCUAAGCGCAACUCAUCUGCCGCUGAUGACAAUGAAACUUCUGCAAAGAAUGAAAAGUCUUCACUCACUUCCCCAACUUCGUUAGACGAAUUGGAACCUCAAUAUGAUUUGACUUCAGUUACCAUUGAAGGUGAUUUUGAGGGCGUUGAACUCGCUAAAAAAGAAAUUGAAUCUAUAAUCAACGAACGCACUAGUCAUACUACUAUUCGAAUUAACACAAUCCCUACUGAUAUGUACAAUUUGCUUCGCGGUGCGGAUGGUUCAAACAUUGCUGAAUACGAACAAGACAAAGAUUUGAAAGUCCAAAUUCCUUAUGCAUACUCUGAUAACAAUUUGCCAGUUAACCCUAUAGUUUUAUCUGGUGAAAAGUCUUGCGUUCGUGAAUGUGCUCUAUUCUUGCAAGGCAAAGCUGAGGAAUUGGCUCGUACUACAAUCCCCACUAUGAUUCCUGUUCCUCGUCGUCAGCAUCGUUUCAUUAACGGAGAAAAGAGUGCUGGUAUCCAGGAUAUUUUGAGAAGCACUGGUUGUUCGGUUAUACUCCCUCCUAUAAAUAGUGAGUCAGACAUUGUUAGUGUUCGUGGGCCUGCAAUGAACAUUAGUGAUGGUAUUAAGAUGACGAUGGAGCGUGCCAACUCUACAAUCAUAGAUGCCGUUAACAUUUCCAAUAUUUUCACUUCCUUGAAAGACCCCUUUAGUCAUGCUAACCUACUUGCAAGAUUUUUCAUUCGUUCAAAGUUCCUUUCUCAAUAUGAGAAUGCUUUGAAAGUACAAUUCCAUCUUCCAAAGCGUGAAGAACUUCAGGAACUUACUAAUAAAUCUGUUAUUGUUGAAAUUUCUAGUAAAGACGGGGAAAACGUUCGCAAUGCGCGUGCUGCAUUAAUUAAAAUUAUUGAACAGUUCCCUCCUUAUAAAUUUCAUAACGUAGAGAUUGACCCCCUUCUGCAGCGUUAUGUUAUUGGAUCUAAAGGAAAAAACUUGCAGAAACUCAGAGCUGAUCAUAAUGUCGAAUUGCUCAUCGGUGAUAAUGGCGAAGAUGACUCAAAUGUUAUCCUUUGCUUUACUGGAUCAAGUGAUGAAAAACUUCCUGAACAGAUUCAGGAAGAGUUGGCUGCUUUGGGUGAACGUAUUAAAUCUUCUGCUGAUGCUUCCGCUAAGAUUGUCUCUGAAACUUUCCAAGUACCUUCUGUCUAUCACAAGCAUAUCGUGGGACCCAAGGGUACUACAUUGAAGGCAAUCCUUGGUAACUCCGAGGAGAAUGUUGUUGUUCAGCUUGGUAAGGUUUCGUAUCGCUCAGACUCGACUGACGAUGAUGUCUACGUUCGAGGUUUCUCGAACGACGUUCAGCGUGUUAUGAACGAAAUAAAACAACUUGUCAAAGAUGCAAAAAAUCACGAGAUUCUUCACUCAUAUGUUGCUGAGUUUGAUUUCCCUUCUCAAUACUCUAAGAAUAUUAUCGGCAAAAAUGGAAGCAACGUGUCCACUCUUCGUGAAGACUUUGGUGUUCAAAUCAAUGUCGAAGAAGGACAUGUACGCAUUCAAGGUAUCAAGAAGAAUGUCGAAGAAACUAAAUCCCGUAUUGAAGCUCAAGUUCAAGCUCUUAUGGAUGAUACCAUAAUUCGCGUUAAUAUCCCAAAUGAAUUCCAUCGCCAGCUGAUUGGUGCCAGUGGAAAGUACGUUAAACGUUUGGAGGAGAAAUUUUCAGUCCGUGUUCGUUUCCCUCGUGAAGAUGACUUGGGCACUUCCGGAGGCGAGGCCACUAAACCUUCAUCAGUUGACGAAAUUGUCAUCCGCGGUAGCAAAAAGGCCGUUGCUUCUGCUAAGCAAGAGCUUGUCGAACUCUAUGAAUAUGAAAAGUCUAUCGCUUAUAGCGAAGUUAUUGAAAUUCCAUCUAAGGCUGCUUCUAGGGUUGUUGGUCGUAGCGGUGCUACUGUUGAAAAAAUUCGUGCUCAAUACGACGUCAAGAUCGACAUUGGGGACGAAAAAUCUGAGGGUACAAUUUCUGUUUCAGUACGAGGUUCUAAGGAAAAUGUUCAAAGUGCCAUCAAAGAGAUUAAAGCUAUUUCUGACGAAAUAAAGAAUCAAGUCGAGAAAGUUGUCAAAAUUGAUCGUGAAUACCAUCGUUUCCUUAUUGGUCCUAGUGGAAGUAGCUUACAAGAAAUUAUCAAAGAAUGCGGUGGUACAACUGAUAAAGCUGAAACUGCUCGUCUUGUUAGUUUUUCCAACGGUAAUACGGACGAAGAUCGCAAUUCUGUUGUGUUACGUGGCAACAAACAACUUGUUGAAGCCUUGGAGUCUCGUUUCUUACAAAUUGUAGAGGAACUUAAGAGCCAAGUAGAAAAAACUGUUGAUGUUCCUCAGCGUAGCAUCAGUUCUAUUAUCGGAAGAAUGGGAAGCAGCCGUCGCGAUAUCGAAAAGAAAACAUCCACAUCCCUUACGAUUCCCAAUGUUUUAGACCCUGAGCAGCUUGUCAAGAUUACAAUAAUCGGAAGCAAUGAAAACUGUGAUAAGGCUAUACAGAUGAUUCAAGAAAAAGUUGCUAGUCAAUACACAGAAACCCUUGAGGUAUCCAAUGUUUUGUGUGAGCGAUUGACGAAUGGUCCAAUAAUCAGGAGACUUCGCACCGAUCUCAAGGUGUUUGUAGACGUACCUAGUGUUUCUAAGCAAUUGGAAGGUUCUGAAAUUGUACUCGAGGAUAAUGAAGAAGACGCUUAUCCUUGGAAGUUGGUUACCAAGCAAAAAAAUACCGACAAUAAAGCAACCUUGACUAUUAGAGGACAUAAGGAAAAUGUUGAAAAAGCCAUUAGUUCUUUGGAAAAGAACCUUAAGCAACUUGAAGAAGAAUGCACUGGCUAUCUUUCAGUACCUCCUAGCUUGCAUCGCCAUAUUAUUGGCGCUGGUGGCUCCGCUAUUAACAAGAUUCGUAAGGCUGCUCAAGUAAAAAUUGACGUUCCCCGUACACCAGGUGUUGAUAUUAUUGUCAUCCAGGGAAGUCAUUCCGGAGCUGCUAAGGCGAAAGAUUUAAUCAUCGAACGCUUAAGUGAGUCUCAAGAUUAAAAAAUAAAACUUUUUUGAUAUGAUUUCUAUAAAUACCUUUCAUUUGGAAGAUCUCUCAAUUUAUGCUACAAAUACUAACAAGUUCGGGCUGUAUCGAGACAUGGUCGCUCUUUUUUUACCAUUCUGCUUAAUGCAGGCAGAGCCAUAGUCCUUAAUUUUUGCUACAAAGAUUUUAUUUUGUUCUCUUCAAUCUAAGUGAGUCAAAGAAAAGAUUGCUUUUUAGAUUUACUUACGCUCGAUCGUGAAGAAGCCUAGAUCUUACUUUAUAAUGUAUAAUUUUAUUCUAAGAUAAAAAAUAGUUGUCCUAAACGUUGUACUUUGAAAAAUGAUGUAGGAUUAAAAGAUACAUGAAUCCAAAUGAUGCCUUCAUCUUGCUAACACUAACGGAAAUACUUCAAUAUAUUUAUCAAAAUUUCUAAACAAAAUCAAGCAUAAGUGUUUCAAAUCAACCAAA